CUUAACCAACUGAGCCACCCAGGUGCCCCUGGUUUUCACAUUUAAAGAAACAUUUAAUCUAACUGAAGUCUCAACAGUGUUUCUGCUCAUGUAAAGUAAGUGCUUUGUUUUUUAAGGAUCUCAGGUGCUCAGAAUGGAGUCAUUCAUUGAUCAUAUUCCUUAUUAGUAAUACGAAAUCAUUGGCCCAGAAAGGCUACCUCUUUGUUCUUUCAUUUUACCUUAGCGAUUUUUCUCUGCCUGCCUUCCGGCAUUUCCAUACUCCUCACUCCCUCAUGUAUUUAAUGCUUUCCCCCGCCCUAGUCGUCCCUCUUUUGAAUAUAUUUCCUUGAAAAGCAUAUAAUACUUAUUUUGUAUGAGUUUUACAAUUUUAUGUAAAGGAUAUUGUGCUAUAAAUCUCAUUUGGCUAACUGAUAAACUAUUAGGUUUUCAGGACCUAUUCAUGUUACUUUAUAUAACAUGCUUCUGACUGGUGCAUAUUACUUUAUUGCAUUCACAUGCCAUAGCUUAUUUUUUUCCUCUACUCACACUUAGGUUAUUCCCAACUGUUCCUGCCUCUAUGAACUUGUAUGUCUUGUAUGUAUCUUCUUAUGAAUUUGCCCUGUAGUGUGUGUGUGUGUGUGUGUUUGGUAUAUUGAUCCUAGAGUAGAUGGCAGAGGUUUGGGCUUAUGUAUUUAGUUUCGGUAAGCAGUGCUGGAUUGUUUUCAGGAAUGUUUGUACCAGUGCAAUUUCUAAUAUGGUAAAUAUCAGUAGAUAUAUGCCACAUAGAUGAAAACUCCUUGGGUUCUUUGCUAUUGUUUGAGUCUGAAGGGUUCCUGAGACUCUAAAGGUUGAGAGCCGAUGACUUACUCUAUGACGCUAUUGGCAGAAAUCAUCAGUUAUCAAAUCUACAUUAGGUUCACAUUGUUUCCAGUGAGGUCUGGUCUUAUCUUCAUGUGUUCACCUGUUAGUAAGGCACAUUACAUACUUUUUUUUCACCAUUCGGAGGAAAAGCGAAUUAGCUCUGAAGCUUGGAAAGUCUCUCUUAUCCUUCUUCUAGGCUGAGUUGAAGCCUGGGAGGUACUUCAGAGGGCAAGGAAAGCACACUUGGUGAGCGUGGAAGGACGGGGAAUGUGGGCAGCCCCAUCUCAGAAGCGCAGUGCGGAGGGCGGUGCUGAGCCCUCAACUGUCAGAACUCCCAGAGGCAAGCUGGGAGGGUUUCAGCUCACUCCAGGCCAAGCCCAGUGGCCACUGUCCUGAUUAGAGCUGUUUGGGCUGAGGGAAGACAUUCAGGAUAUUAACCCUAAAAAGAAAUAAAUAAUUGAACAUAAAACAAAGCAAAAAUCACCUUUAACCAUUGCCUCUAGGCUCAGCCCUCCUGUUUUCCUCCCUUGGCCCCUGCUGCAGUCAUCUGUGGUCGACCACAGUCCAGAAGCAGAGGACCCUCCUCUGACGCAUGGUCAGAAGGUCACUGGUAGCCUGACAUUAGGUCAUGAUGCCCACAUCAUUCACCUUGCUUUGUCUCAUCAUGUGGGCAUUUUAACAUCUCACAUCAUCACAAGAAGAAGGACCUGUUGAUUUCUCUUUAAUCUGUCAGAAGGUGGAGGAAAAGAUGGGCUGCCAACACUCUCUUCAAGGAUCAGACGCGUCCAAAGUCCGCACCAUUUACCUCAAUGAGCCCAUUAGGAACAACUUCUGCAAAAACUCCAUCAGCACAGCCAAGUACAGCAUAUGGUCAUUCCUCCCUCGAUAUCUGUGUCUGCAGUUUAGCAAAGCUGCUAAUGCUUUCUUCCUGUUCAUUACUAUAUUGCAGCAAAUUCCAGAUGUGUCUCCAACGGGAAAAUAUACAACUCUCUUGCCCUUGAUGAUUAUACUUACCGUUUCAGGCAUCAAAGAGAUUGUAGAAGAUUAUAAACGACACAUGGCAGACAGAUUAGUCAACACAAAGAACACAAUAGUGUUCAGAGAGAAUGAAUGGAAAGUGAUUAUGUGGAAAGAGGUCAAGGUGGGUGACAUUGUGAAGGCCUCAAAUGGACAAUUCCUUCCUGCAGACAUGGUUCUGAUUUCUUCCAGUGAACCUGAGGCAACAUGUUAUGUUGCAACAUCUAAUCUGGAUGGGGAGACAAACCUAAAAAUACGGCAGGCUUUGUUAGAAACAGCUGAAAUGCAAACAGAACAAUUGUCAAGCCUCUCUGGAAAAAUAGAAUGUGAAGGACCUAAUCGUCAUUUCAAUACCUUCAUUGGAACCUUGUAUCUAAAUGGUAAAAGCCCUGUUGCAGUAGGGCCUGAUCAGGUCUUGCUAAGAGGUACACAACUUAAAAAUACCCGGUGGAUCCUUGGCAUAGUUGUUUACACUGGAUCUGAAACCAAAUUCAUGCAGAAUUCCAUCCAAUUGCCUCUCAAGAGAUCGACUGUUGAGAAGGUGACCAACGUGCAGAUCCUGGUGUUGUUCCUGCUGCUUCUGGCCAUGUCCUUGGUGAGCUGUGUGGGAGCCAUACUCUGGAAGGAAGGGCAUGGAGGAGACAUUUGGUACAUCGGGACGAAGGGUUACAGCUCCCACAGCUUAGGGUUUGACAUAUUGGUGUUCAUCAUCUUGUAUCACAAUCUCAUCCCCAUUAGCCUGCUGGUCACUCUGGAAAUUGUGAAAUAUAUUCAGGCCCUGUUUAUAAACUGGGAUGAAGAUAUGCAUUAUGAAGGAAAUAACGUCUAUGCCAUGGCCAGAACGUCCAAUCUUAACGAAGAGCUUGGGCAGGUAAAAUAUUUAUUUUCUGAUAAAACAGGAACACUCACUUGCAAUAUUAUGACAUUGAAGAAGUGUACCAUUGCAGGUAUAAUUUAUGGAAAUCUGUCAAGCAGAAGUGAUACCAUUUUGGACAACCUAAGUGCAUCACCGUCUGCCAUCACAGAAUCCGGUGGAUUUAAUGACCCAACAUUGUUGCAGAACUUUGAGAAUGGCCACCCCACGAGAGAUUACAUAAAGGAGUUUCUCACCCUGUUAUGUGUGUGUCACACUGUUGUUCCUGAGAGAGAUGGAGGUAAUACAACCUACCAGGCUUCCUCCCCAGAUGAAGCAGCUUUAGUGAAAGGAAUAAAGAAACUUGGCUUUGUUUUUACUACAAGAACACCAUCCUCUGUCACCAUAAAUGCUAUGGGAGAAAACUUCACAUUUGAAAUUCUUAACAUCCUGGAGUUUUCUAGUAAUAGAAAAAGGAUGUCUGUAAUUGUCCGAACUCCUACAGGAAAGCUCCGGCUGUACUGCAAAGGGGCUGAUACAGUGAUUUAUGAGAGACUUUCAGAUGACUCUCUCUUUGUGAAGGAGACAUUAACCCAUCUGGAAUAUUUUGCCAAAGAAGGACUGAGAACUCUCUGUAUUGCCUAUACAGAUUUAACGGAGAAACAAUAUCAACAGUGGUUGAUGGAGUAUAAAAAAGCAAGUACAGUUAUACAGGACAGAAGGCAGAGUUUGGAAGAAUGUUACGAUCAUAUCGAAAAGGAAUUUCUGCUGCUUGGUGCCACAGCCAUUGAAGAUCACCUUCAAGCACGUGUUCCAGAAACGAUAACAGCUUUACUGAACGCAAACAUAAAAAUAUGGGUCCUGACAGGAGAUAAACAAGAAACUGCAAUUAACAUAGCAUAUUCCUGUAAACUGUUAUCAGCUAAAAUGCCUUGUAUUCGAUUGAAUUCAAACUCACUCGAGGCAACACAACAAGCAGUUAAUCAGAACUGUCAAGAUCUUGGAAUCCUGUUAGGUGAAGAAAAUGACUUGGCCCUCAUCAUUGAUGGUGAAACACUGAAGUAUGCCUUCCAUCCUGAAGUUAAGAGGAGCUUUGUCAACUUGGCCCUCUCAUGUAGAGCAGUAUUAUGUUGUAGGUUAUCUCCCCUCCAGAAGGCAGAAAUAGUCGACGUGGUUAAGAAGCACGUAGGGGCCAUCACUCUUGCCAUCGGGGAUGGUGCCAAUGACGUUGGGAUGAUCCAGAUGGCCCACGUGGGUGUGGGAAUCAGUGGGAACGAGGGUAUGCAGGCCACCAACAACUCAGAUUUUGCCAUUGCACAGUUUAGCUACUUGGAGAAGCUUCUGUUGGUUCAUGGAGCUUGGAAUUAUUUUCGAGUGACAAAAUGCAUAUUAUAUUGUUUCUACAAAAAUGUCGUGUUAUAUGUUAUUGAGCUUUGGUUUGCUUUUGUUAAUGGAUUUUCUGGGCAGAUUAUAUUUGAACGCUGGUGCAUCGGCUUGUACAAUGUGAUUUUCACUUCAUUACCACCUCUUACUCUGGGAAUCUUUGAACAGUGUUGCAGUGAGAAGAGCCUGCUUAGGUGCCCACAACUCUAUAGGAUUUCUCAGGCAGGGAAAAUUUUCAACACAAAGGUAUUUUGGUUUCAAUGCAUAAAUGCUUUGGUCCAUUCCUUCAUUCUCUUCUGGUUGCCCAUGAAAAUGCUGGAGCAUGAUAUGGUCUUACAAGGGGGUUACACUACAGACUAUUUGUUUCUUGGAAAUUUCAUUUAUACGUAUGUAGUUGUUACUGUUUGUCUGAAAGCUGGUUUAGACACACUAUCUUGGAAUAAAUUUAAUCAUCUGGCAAUUUGGGGAAGCAUAAUUAUAUGGCUGGUGUUUUUUGCAAUUUACUCUUUCUUAUGGCCCACCAUUCCUGUUGCUCCUGAAAUGACAGGACAGGUCAGUGUGGUCCUGGUUUGUCCAUACUUCUGGCUGGGUUUCUUCAUAGUCCCUAUUGUGUGCCUGAUUCUAAAUCUACUAUGGACAUCGAUUAGAAAUACCUGCAACGGAACGUUACUAGAAGAAGUUCGUAAGAUGGAAAGAGGCAGGGUUCAAGAACUUCAUCUUCCAACAGCGUUUGAAAAGAGCGUGAAGACAGAACACCUCCAACUGCCUCUGUCCAGCCAGCUGCACAAGGUGGUCUUCCAGGAUGAAUCUGUUGAUCGAAGCGCCCCACGUGGGUACGCAUUUUCUCAGCUAGAACAAGGUGUGAUUACUCAGGAAGAACUCAUCCGUUCUUAUGACGCUACUAAAAUCAAAACCAGUAAGAGCUUAUAGUCCGAUCUCUUCUGAGUCCAGCUACGAGUGAGGUUUGGACCACAUCCUGUGUUCUCGUGUCCUUCCCCGAGACCGUGGAACGUGCCAACGCCCCCAAAUGCUCAUUUCUUGUGGCUCUGGCCAAUUUGUUAUUUAUGUAUCGACAGAGUCACAAUCCUUGGAUAUAAAUAAUGGGGGAAGCCUAUUUGCUUUUUUUAAAAUUUGCGUUCAAUGUUUCA